CGCGCGCUGGCGCUGGCGCCGGGCGACCGCGCGCACUGGCAGGCGCUCGCCGCGCACAGCAAGACCGUCUCCGACAGCAUCAAGCAGCUCGUCGCCGGCAUCCGCGAGAAGGCGCCGGGGCAGCGCGAGUGCGCGCGCGCGCUGGACGCGCUGGGCGCGCAGCUGCGCGAGCUGGACCACGUCGCCAUCCAGGCCGUGGGGCAGGAGCUGCAGCCGCGCCAGGCCAACACGCUGCAGGGUUACUGCGAGCAAGUGGAAAACAGCGCCGCCGAGAUCCUGGAGCGGCUGGAGGCGGUGCGCGUGGCGGCCACCAGCGAGGCGGAGAACCUCGGCCACUCCGUAUUGCAGCUCGUAUCAUACGCGGAGCCCCUGGUGUCGGGCGCGAGCGGAGCGGCGUCCAAUCUGACGGAGUCGGCCGCGCAGUCGGCUCUGCUGCAGCACGCCCGCACCGUGCUGGAGACCCUGGCUCUGCUCGUCACCGCCGCGAAACAGGCUGGCGGCAACCCUAGGGCGAGCGGCGCGCACGCGGAGGUGGAGGCGCAGGGCUCGCUGGCGCGCGCCGCGCUGGCCGAGCUGGGCGAGACGGUGCGCUCGCUCAGCGCCGCGCGCGGCGACGCCGGCCCGCUGCUGGACUGGCUGGCGCGCUCGCUCGCGCGCCUCACCGACCAGCGAAUGUCACUGAUCGGCUCGUACGAUGAGACGGAAUCGUUCGUGGACUACCAGACGCGCAUGGUGGCCGCGGCCAAGGAGAUCGCCAAACUCGCCUCGGAUAUGACGGCCAAAGCGGCCACGGAGCCGGCCCGGCUGCUGGAGAUCGGCAACGAGAUGUGCCAGCGCUACGAGAAGCUGGCUUCGGACAGCGUCGGCGCGUCCGCCACCACGCCCAACGCCGACGUCGCCACUCGCAUCCGCGCGUGCGCCGUGGAGGCGGGCGAGGCGGUGUCGGAGCUGGUGCGCGCGGGCGGGCGCUGCCGCCUCGCCGCCCUGCCGCAGCACCAGCGCGCCGUCGCCGACUGCGCGCGCCGCCUCAACGAGAAGGUGGUGUCGCUGCUGAGCGCGCUGCAGGCGGGGUCGCGCGGCACGCAGGCCUGCAUCGACGCGGCCGCCACCAUCGCCACCAUCAUCGGCGACCUCGACACCACCAUACUGUUCGCCAGCGCCGGCACGCUGCAAUCGGACAAAGAGGGUGACACGUUCUCGAACCACCGCGAGGGCAUCCUGAAGACCGCGAAGACGCUGGUGGAGGACACCAAGAGCCUGGUCGGCGGCGCCGGCGGCUCGCAGGACCAGCUCGCCGCCGCCGCGCAGAGCGCCGUCGGGACCAUACUGCAGCUGUGCGAGGUGGUGAAGCAGGGCGCGCUGUCGCUGGGGCGCGGCGGCAGCGAGCCGCAGGUGCUGGUGCUGCACGCGGCGCGCGACGCGGCGGCCGCGCUGCGCGACCUGGCCGCCGCCACGGCCGCCGCCAGCGGCAAGCACCACCACCACCCCGACAUGGAGCGCCUCAAGCACGCCGCCAAGGUCAGUGCGCCGGGACUGUGCGCGGGGAGAGGUCAUGUGUAG